AUGCAGACGGAUCUGUUAUCGAGCAGAUUCCAACUCCGUCAGCUGAUACAACUUCGGAUAUGGACUGGUACCUAUACCACCUGGACCACUGACGCAGACGGAUCUGUUAUCGAGCAGAUCCCAACUCCGUCAGCUGACACCACUUCGGUAUGGACUGGCACUUAUACCACCUGGACCACUGACGCAGACGGAUCCGUGAUUGAACAGAUUCCAACCCCGUCAGCUGAUACAACUUCAGUAUGGACUGGCACUUAUACCACCUGGACCACUGAUGCAGACGGAUCUGUUAUCGAGCAAAUUCCAACCCCAUCAGCUGAUACAACUUCGGUAUGGACUGGCACUUAUACCACCUGGACCACUGAUGCAGACGGAUCUGUUAUCGAGCAGAUCCCAACUCCGUCAGCUGACACCACUUUGGCUCCAUCGGCAGAUACUACCUCAAUCUGGACUGGUACUUAUACCACCUGGACCACUGACGCAGACGGAUCCGUUAUUGAACAGAUUCCAACUCCGUCAGCCGACACAACUUCGGUAUGGACUGGCACCUAUACCACAUGGACAACCGAUGCAGCAGGGACAGUGAUUGAAGUGAUUCCUUCAGGGACCAGUAUAAGCAGUGAUGUUAUUCCAACGCCGCUUCCAACAUCUGGUGUCGAUAUUGACACUAUCCCAUAUGACGCGUUUAAUGUUGCAGUUUACCAUUACCCUGCAGACAAUUAUGAACUUGCGAACAACCUUGGUUUCCUGACCUCAGGCUAUGAAGGUCUGGGACAAGUGACAACAGCCACUAGUGUUGGUAAUAUUAACUUCGACACAAGUUCAGGGUGGCCUUAUUACAUUGAGAGCAAUGCUUUGGGAAACACAGGAUCGUACGUGAAUGCAACCAUAGAGUAUGUUGGAUUCUUCCAAGCUCCGGCAAAUGGAAACUAUGAACUGUCGUUCAGCAACAUCGAUUACAAUGCGAUUUUGUUUUUGGGCAGUCCUGCUACGGAUUCAUCUUUAGCGAAGCGUGAAGUUCAGUUUUUGAAACCGGAAACAAGUUCUGAAUACGUCUUGUUUUUCGACCAUGGUAAGGAUGCCGGCCAGACCGUUAGCACGACACAAUAUCUUUCUGCAGGCCUUUACUACCCCUUGCGAAUCGUCCUUGCAGCAGUGUCGGAGCGUGCUCAGUUGGAUUUCCAAAUCACACUACCAGAUGGAAGGGUCCUGGAUCAAUAUCAAGGGUACGUUUACAACUUUGCGCACGAGGGGAUUGAAUCAGCUACAAGCAGUGCUCAUGAGACAUCGUGGUCAAGAUUCACCAACUCUACCAUUUAUUCUCAUAGCAGCACCAUUGGGAUCAUAACUUCAAGUACUGAUGCACCUCACUCUGUCAUCAAUCCUACAGCGAUUGAAACAACUUCGACGGACACUAGCAUCUCAACUGUUGCUGUUACCACGUCUAUUUGUGAUACAAAGGAUUGUGUCAAAACCACGGUCAUCACACCUAACAGUCCGUUGCCAACUCAAACUGUCUCUUUGACAACAACUACCAUAGAUCGCAGUGAAGUAGUGCAGACAGCACAUUCAGCAGUGCCCAGCCAAUUUGCACCAGAUGCCCAUCCUUCAGCUGUUACAAUUACAAGAGAACAAUGUGAUGCUUACUCUUGCAGUCAGGCUACUAUUGUGUCGGGCAAGGUUUUGCAAACUACCACUGUUUCUGACUCAACAACUGUGGUUCCAUUGGAUACUCCUCAACUGUCAGUCGAAGCUAGUACUCUCGAAACCAGAUUGAAGUCCACCCAGUCUUCCCGAGCACCAACUGUAACAGUUCAAACUUCUCAAUCGUCACGCCACAGUGAGGACGUAACUGAAAGCAGCGUUCAUGUAUCCGAGUUUGACGCUCAGAGUACUUCGGCUACAUCUGCUAGCGCCCUCCAAGCUCCUUCAUCUAUUUCUUUGCAAACCGGAGGAGCUAAUACCCUGAGAUUGUCAGCUUUCUUGGGAACUGCAUUGCUUCCAAUGCUGAAUGUGCUCUUCAUUUAA